AGCCAAGCCAUGUGUCAUCCCCAUUGGCGAAGGGCUAUGUCGGAGGAAUUUGAUGCUCUGGUUUGGCAAGGCACUUGGGAUUUAGUGCAAAUGGGUCUUCAGAUUAAAGAGAGGCAAAAAUGUCCGGUCAUCAAACCCACCACCAUUCACAUUGUGUUUACAAUUGCUAUAAGUCAAGCUUCGUCAAUCCAGCAACUCUAUGUGAACAACGCCUUUCUCCAUGGCAAUGUUGAGGAGGACUUGUACAUGGCUCAACCGACAGGUUUUAUUGAUCACAAUCUUCCUCAUCAUGUCUGUAAAUUGAAGAAAGCAAUUUAUGGCCUUAAGCAGGCUCCACAGGCGUGGUACACUGAAUUGAAACAUUUUUUCCUUGGCUGUGGUUUGGUUAAUUCUCGCUCUGAUUGCUCUUUAUUCAUCUAUAAUAAUGCUGGAAUUGUUGUCUAUGUGCUGGUCUAUGUUGAUGAUAUCUUGAUUACUGGGAAUAGUGCUACUUUUAUCUCAAACUUGAUUCACAGGUUGGGGCAGAAGUUCUCUUUGAAGGACCUUGGUGACCUUAGUUUGUUCUUGGGCAUAGAAGCAAUUAAAACCUCUACUGGUUUAUUUCUUUCUCAACAUAGAUACAUUAAUGAUCUCUUGCAGAAGCAUAAAAUGGAUGGUGCCAAACCGGUUGCCACGCCUAUGUCUACUUCUAGGUUGUCUUUGCAAACCAGUUCUCCACGUCUUCCUAAUGGUACAGCUUAUCGGCAACUCGUUGGCUCCUUGCAGUACCUGUCCUUAACUCGUCUAGAUAUCUCUUUUGCUAUUAAUAAAUUAUCUCAGUAUAUGCAUUGUCCAACUGAGAUGCACUGGCAGGCAAUCAAACGUAUACUCCGAUAUUUGAAGAACACUAUGUUCCAUGGACUACUGAUACGACCCACUUCUACUCUAGCUCUUCAUGCUUUCAGUGAUUCUAACUGGGCAGAGUAUCGAGCUUUGACAGCAGCUUCUUCUGAGUUAGUCUGGGUACUGCAUUUGUUGACUGAGCUUGGGAUUCAUGUUGAUGCCCCACCAGUGCUUUAUUGUGACAAUGUUGGUGCCACAUAUCUUAGCAGUAAUCUAGUCAUGCACUCUCGUAUGAAGCACAUAGCCAUUGAUCUUCAUUUCAUUUGUGACCUCGUUGAUAAGAAAAUUCUUCGUGUCUCUCACAUUGCCUCUGCUGAUCAGCUUGCUGAUGGGUUGACCAAACCACUCUCCUCUUCCAGAUUUGCCUUGCUGUGUUCCAAGAUUGGUAUCGUUGAUGGCCCUACCAUCUUGCGGGGGCGUAUUAUGGAAACACAUCAUGCUACACCACCAAUCAUGGCUCAAUCAACUACACGGGAUAUCAAAUCCUAAUCAUCCUUACAAUCAGUCAUUGCUAGUCAUAUAUUCUGCAUUUAUAAGGAUUCAUUGUAUUAUGUAUGUUUCUAUUUUUACAAGUUCUUUCCAUAUGUGUUAGGGCAACACCUCAACUUGUAUAUAUGUAUAACCUCUGUGAAUGAAUUAGUAUCUUUCACUCUCAAUCUCUUCUUCAUCCUAUUAGUCAUAAGUUAUAUAUAUGUAUAUAUUCUUUCUCUUGUUUCUGAACAAAGUGAUAAGAUGUUCUAGCUCCUAAAAGGAACGUUGUGUUGUGCAGCUUGUGGUUACAGAGUUACAGGAGUCACGUUUGUCCUGGAUCAGUAAUAAAAUGAUAGGGCACAA